AUGUCGGUGAUCAGCCCUGUCAGCCUCGCCGUGCUUCAUUUCCAAAAGUUUCGUUUGGGAAAAAAGCCCCAAAAUCAAGAUCAUUUCAAGCUGCUUGGUUCGACAACUGGCCUUGGCUUCAUUGGCACGACUCCGUUGAGAAAGGCAUUCAUCUAUCUCGGAGUUCAAAACUGGAAUGAUGCCACCCGCUUAUUUCGUUCACACGCGAAAUCAGACUGCCACAGAGAAGCGGUCGAGUCACUGAUCACGCUACCUGCCACAACAAAGCACGUUGGUGAACUACUAAGAACUCGAUUGGUUGAAGACAGAAAGAGAAACCGGGCCAGCCUCCUUCGCAUUCUCAGGGCGCUGAGGUUCCUGGCACGUCAAGGUAUUGCCCUCCGCGGUUCCGCCCUCACCAAAGAGAUCGAUAGCAAUUUGUCACAGCUCCUUCGUCUUUUUUGUGAGCUUUCUACAGAUCUCUCCGAUUGGUUGCAGAAAAAGACAAAUAAGUACACACGUGCAGACAUACAGAAUGAGCUGCUGAAGGUGAUGUCACUUCGAAUUCUUCGAGAUGUCUCAGCCAAACUUGAAGGCACACCAUACACCAUUAUGGUAGACGAAACCACUGACGCAAGUACCCAGGAGCAGGUUGUAAUAGUUCUACGAUGGGUGGAUGAAGACCUAGAGCCUCAUGAGGAUUUUAUUGGGCUGCACAUCACUGCUUCAACUGAUGCUAAGUCCAUUGUAGCAAUUAUCAGGGAUGUUCUUGUUCGUAUGAACCUUAGUCUGACCAACUGUCGUGGUCAGUGCUAUGAUGGUGCAGCUGUGAUGAAAGGAUGUCUAUCAGGAGUUGCUGCUCAACUCACUCAAGAUGAACCACGAGCAUUGUUCACUCACUGCUAUGGUCAUAGCCUCAAUUUAGCCUGCCAAGACACCAUCAAAGACAUAAUCCCUAUCAAAUAUGCCCUCGACACAACAUUUGAACUGUCAAAACUUCUCAAGUACUCAGCAAAAAGAAAGUCUGAGUACAAGCGACUUCAAGCUGAGAUGGCUCCUCAAGACCCUGGAUUUAGGACACUAUGCCCUACGAGAUGGACCGUUCGAGCAGCUUCUCUACAGAGUGUUAUGCAAAACUUUUCGGUCAUCCAAUCCAGCUUAGACAGUUUUGCAGAUAUGGCAAAACGAGACCCAGAGAUGUCUGCUCGCAUUAGCAGAAAAAGUCUUGAAGUUGGUUGA